UGCUCAGCAAGUGGAGUGUUUUCACCAUGUGCAAUUCAUCAUCAAUUUUCUAGUCAGUGUGAUUGAAACAGGGUGACAAUUAAAAUCAAGUUAUUGGUUAUGGUUUGGCUGCUCUGUUUAUCAUCCGUGCAAGGUACAAGGACUUCAAAUCUUUAAAUAGAGCUGGAGUUACCAAUAAUUGUAAAGAUAGCUAGAAAUCUACUGCUGAUUAUCCGGUUGAGCAAUAUUAUUGAAAAGGGUUGCCUGAUAUCUUUAUCAUUCAGCUCCAAAGGUUGAAGAGAUUGAUAAACAAAGAAUGAGCAACUCACCAAGUUCAAAUGAAAACAAGGAAGGGGAUCAAACCAAACUUAGAAAAAGAAUUGAUGUGAUAGGAGGAAAGCAAUUGUCAUUAAGAACACAUUCUAACAACAGUAGAAAUAGACCUACUCACAAUGACCAAUUACCAGAGAUGCAUAGAACAAGGAGACUCACUCUUUCAAAUAUUCAAGAUGUUGGAUAUUCGAGGACUGUUAAGGGGAAGCUUCUCCUACAAAGUCAGGACAAGAACAUUGUUCAAAUAGAUUUGACAAAAUCCAAUGAAUUCCCAUUCAGAUGUCAAAGCCAGCGGCUCUGCUUGAAAAGGAGUAAUGAAUCGCUAGGUAGCAUCUUAAAUCCCAUCUGCCUCAGUGAUGAACUCAAGUUCAGGAAAAAAUGGCCUGAUCCACACCACGAGAGACCCACUUGGGAAUCGAUGAAAUGGAACACUCCAAUGUUUAAUUCAGAUGAUGAAGUCAAAACUCUGAUGAGAGAGAGCAGCCAAAGUGUAAUUGAUUACGUGAGGUCAACAAAAGAGCUCCAUGAUAUCCUAAUGGCUUGUGGAUGCCCAAAAACAGUUGAGAAGAGCCUUGAGCAUCAAGAGGAUUCCAAUGAUGUGGUUUGGGUGCAAGAGGACAACAGUUUCAAGAAUCGAAUGGAACCAACGUUUCUAACUGAAGAAGCAAGGUUUGUCCACAUGGAGUUAGAGCCUCAAGGAUUGCUCGCUAGCCAACAAAACUUGGACAGUGAGGGUCAGAACUGUUCUGAGUCAGACACAGAUUCUGUUAUGAUUAUAGAUCUGGACAGCCAAUCUUCCAAGGAUUCAAAUUCCCAAACUGAUAAUGCGUUGGAAGUAAAUAGUGUUUUGCAAAAUGAAAGGAGAUAUUCACUGGAAAAUCUGGAUUUUGUCAACAAUCAAUCUGAUAUGCAGAAUCCUCACGUACCUAGGAUUGAACCUUCAGCAGUGCCCAUCAAUGAACUGGAAUCAAAUGGAGUGAGUAAAUAUUAUGCCAAUCUGUUUGUGGGCGAAUCGUCAGAGGGAAAUGAGUAUUACUCCUCAAAUCUGGUACUACUAAAAGGGGACGAAAACAUGGUAGCAACUGCCAAGGUAUCUGAAGGUAAAGUGGUUUUGCACUGUAUUAAAAGCGAUUUCGGGGAGGAUCAGGUGUCUUGGGAUAAGGAUGAAACAAUCACCCUCUAUUCGGAUAAUACAAACAAAGUCGAAGCGGGAAGUGGGCAAUCAAGUAGGAGCUCAUCAUCAUCUCAUUCCUCAUAUUCAUGCCAACAUGGCUGCUGUUCAGCACCAAGUGAGAAGGAGGCAUGCUCCAUGAAUUCAUGCUCCUUGCACAACAUGACCAGCACUGAUAUAGAUCUGCAUCUCACAUUGGAAGAAACUAGAAAAGCUUCAAGUGAAUUGAUAGUGAGCACUCUUGUAUUAAACUCUAUAAUAUCUGGUCAAAGUCAAAAAGAUAUAGUGGAUAAAAUAUUGAAUGAAAGUUGAUAUUAUUGCUAAAAUGCCCAGGGAGUAAUACGAGUUGUAAUGAAAUUAAAUGAGAAUACUCUUUAUGUGGAGUUGGGACUUUCAAGACCUCUCUACCACAAGUUUGGUCUACUAUUAAUUAUUCUUAGUGCAGAGAUGUUUCAGAAAUAUGAAAUAUUUGAUGAUUUAAACUGCACCAAUAUCGGACUUCUUUACCGAAAUCAAACUUACUAACUUUUAUAAAAUAACUUCAAUUGUGUGCUUUAUACAAACCAUAUCCUCUAUAUCAUAUUCUUAUAGCUCAUUCCAUGACAAAUGUUGAAAGUCAUGCAAACACGAUUGUACAUAUACGGUACAGUUGGUUGAUUUUAAUCAAUUACAAGAGCUGAAAAUAGCACUUUUUGGUAGCUGAGAUUCUUUUACAUAAGAAUCGUAGAGUACACAAAUAUUCAUUUUUGUGAAGUCUAUUCUUCCUUGAUAUUCAAUCCAGGAGAGGAAAAUCUCCUAUGUGAGGGAAAAUUGAGUUAAGAAUUGAAAAAGUGGAUUUCAACUGGUGUGGAAAGAAUAACAAAAACAGUUUUCAAACUGUAAUAUACAAAAAAUACAGUUUCGGUACUAAGGAAAAGAUGAACGUCGACGAUUCCAACUGCUGUGAAAAGAAUAAUAAAACCAAAUUUCAAAUUGAUUACAAUUUAUUUCUGAUUUUACUGUAUUAUAAUCAGGUAAUAGUUCAACAUUUUGUACAGUUUUGAUUAUUGAGAAUAGAAAGAUUCGUACAAUCUACAAUAAGUAACUAUAGUAAUAUAAAACAAACGAGAGUUAUGAAUGUUUCACAAGGCAAUUCUAAGAUAUAAAUUGUAGAAGGAUCACUUAUGUUGUCCCAAGAGACAUCAGAUAAAAUAGAUUUUUCUUAUCCAUCGAUAGGAAACUAGGAACAAAAAUCUGGUAAUAUAUGAUGAAAAUUUCAUGAUUGAUUAGCUGAGUUUCUUAGUUAUCAGAAGGAAAAUAAUACAAGGCGCUGAAUAAAUAGAUCUAUCAAAGUAGGAAAUGAUCUAAUUGAAGAAAAUAAUGAUCUAGUUUCAAUUUUCAUUUGGAACUAGUAAAAUAUUCAUAGAUCUGCUUACCAUAGAAUUAAUAUCAGUGUUGAAUAAUCGAUUUAUUACCAUAAUAGGAAAUGAGAACAUAAUGAUCUAUAUUAGUAGGUAACUAUGAUUAUAUUGCUUUAAUUCCAUUCUGGGAAAUUUAACAUUUUUGGCAAAAGAGUUGAAGAGUUAAAUAAAUAAAGUUAAUAAACCAGUUGUAUCGUGUACACUACUAUAGGAAACAGAUAGUUUACUCACUCUUGAUUAAGAAUAAUAAAAAUAGUAAUCAAAUUUUUAAAAUAACAAUAACUAGUUGAUUCUAAUUUUGGCAAAAUAAGAUUUUGAUAAAUUGAAAACGUCACUUAGUUUUCUCUAUAAACACAAAAAAGUUUUUCUUUUUAAGUCACAGCUUCUACAGGGACCCGCAUAUUAAUCUGACGAUUUUGUAGUAAUUAUUAUGUUUGAACCACUGUCAUUGGAAAGGCGGGAAUGUUGUAGAUCGACAGGUCUACUGUAUUCUUGCCAUUUCAGUAGCCAGUAUGUCGUGGUCGAGUGAACAUCAAGCGAUUGUGAUUGAAGCUUAUUUUAAAAAUAAUGACUCAGUUAUUUUAACACAGCGUUUAUGUCGCAGACAUUUCAAUAAUUUAAAUCGACACGCGCCUGUUCCCAUCAGUAGGAAUGCGAUCUUGUUGUUGGUAAAA